UGUGUGCAGCCUUACAUAAAGUCGACCGGCCAGGAGGAAUCCGGUUCAGACUGGAGCAGGAGGGAUACGUUUGGACUGGUCACAUCGUAUGGCAUGAAUCGACUGGUUUUUAACCUGACUUUGCAGAGAUCUUCAUAGAUCUCAAGCCUGUUGGUGGACCUGAUGUUUUAAUUGACUUUCUUUAUCCAAACUCCUUCAUCUUGGGAGCCCAAUUAACCCUGAGACAGUUUAAUACUCGCUGGUCAGUGCUUCUCAGGCUUUGGCCAUGAGUUUUUUCGGGUAUCGCCGAGAGCUGAGUAAGUACGAAGACGUCGACGAGGACGAGCUCUUGGCGUCGCUCAGCCCGGAGGAGCUGGCCGAGUUGGAAAAGGAGCUGGUCGACAUCGAUCCCGACGCCAACGUGCCCAUUGGACUCAGACAGCGAGAUCAGACAGACAAAACCCCAACGGGCACUUUCAGCAGAGAGGCCCUCAUGAAGUACUGGGAGAACGAGACCCGUAAACUUUUGGAAAAUGAGAUAGCAGGAGGGAGCCCCAAACCGGAUGAAGAACAAGAAGACGAGUGUCUAACAGAAGAAAGCAGUGAAGAAGAGGAGGAGGAAAAAAACGACGAGAGUGAAAAGGAAAGCCAAAGGUCAGAAAAUUCAAAGGGGGAAGAUCACAAAGAGGAAGACAGCGAUGAAGAGGAAGAAAGUGAGGAAGAGGAGCCUGUAACAGAAGAAGACGACGAUGACGCCGAAACGGAUGAAGACAAACAAGACAAUGUAGCAAAACCUGAACCCUUGAGAGACUCAGUGCAUGCGGUCAAACCGACGCUGCUGAGGCCUCAGUGGGUGGAGCCUGUGAGGCUGACUCCGCCCCCUCCACCAGUGGACCUAAACUCCAGUGGAAACCCUACAGUCGUUGAUGAUGCGUUGCAACGAGUUCUCAGUGACGACUCUGAACUCGCCGAGGUGAAUCUGAACAACAUUGAAGACAUCACGCAGGAAACGCUCAUUCGAUUUGCUGAAGCACUAAGAGCGAACACCCACGUCCGAGUCUUCAGUCUCGCGAACACGCGGGCCGACGACCACGUCGCUCUGGCCAUCGCUAAGAUGCUGAAGGAGAACGUGUCCAUCACCAGCCUGAACAUAGAGUCCAACUACGUGAGCGGGAAGGGAGUGAUGGCGUUGGUCCAAGCACUGCCGGGCAACAACACCCUGACCGAGCUCCGCUUUCACAACCAGAGGCACAUGUGUGGAGGGCAGGUAGAAAUGGAGAUGGUGAAGAUCCUGAGGGAGAACCACACUUUGAUCAAGCUCGGCUACCAGUUCAACCUCCCCGGUCCCAGGAUGAGCAUGACCGGGAUACUGACCAGGAACCAGGACCGUCAGAGGCAGAGACGGCUGCAGGAGCAACGGCAACAGCAACAAGGAGGGCAAGACGGAGCUGUGAACCCCAGAACCUCUGCGCUGAGAGGAACACCCAGUUCGUCGCCCUACACUUCACCCAGAGCCUCACCCAGAGCCUCACCUUGGUCCUCACCCAAACUAACGACUAAAAAACAGACUCCGCCACCCCCACCUCCACCUCCACCACCUCCGCCUCCUCCUCCACUCGUCCCAGCGCAACAGGAGAAGAAGAGGCCCACGCGGAUGAUCGCGGAGGUCAUCAAGGCCCACGAGGCGGGCAGCAAGAAGGUCACCAAAACCAAAGGGAAGAAGGGCAAGAAGAGCAAGGCGAAGGAGACCAAGGGUGAGACGGGCUGCAUCCUGAAGGAGCUCAAGAACGCCCUGAGGCCCGUGUCGGCCGAGAGGAGGGCGGAGGAGGGCGGCAGCAGGCCAUCCACGCCGAUGAGGUCCGCCCACGAUCAGCUGAUGGAGUCCAUACGCGGCAGCAGCCUCAGGAACCUCAGACGGGUGGAAGUUCCACAGCAUCUACGAUGAGGGAUAAUGGCGGCGACGAUGAUGAUGGCGAUGGAAGAGGAGACCAAUUGGAUUUCUUACUCGGAGUAAAAUGGGAAGGUGUACUGGAAAUUCGCACUCAAAAUUUUGAAUUUUUUUUUUUGAGAUAUUUAAAGACCCAUCCCCUUUUGCAGAAAUAAUUCCUAACUGUUUCCCAUCAUCAAACAAAUUUUCAUAUCAAACACAAGUAACUUGAGUAAAUACAGAAUGCAGUUUCCAAAUAAUAAGAUAAAAAGCUAUUCAAAACAGGUGAAAUUCAUUUAUUCCAAAUUGUCUCCAGAUUUUGACACCCAGUAGCAAAUUUCUAACUAAGGGAAAGCAUUUGCCCCAUGGUGGCCUCCAUGCCUCCAUGAGUUCCCCAAGAGCAAUAAACUAACAUGAUGGAAAAAAAUAUAUUUAAAAAUAACAUUGAAUAAUGCAAACUAAAUGCAAUUACUAUGUUGUUUUUUUAGAUAAUAAUAAUUAAUCUCUUCCUGUUGAUGGCUUUCAGGUAGUUAAAAUAAAAUGCCCCACUUAAAACCCAAAUUCUAAUUUUUUAUUAAAAUUAUUUGUUACUUCUGUAAGUUUGGAAUCAAUAGUAUAACGUAUGCUAAUAAAAAAAUGAUGCUAAUGAUGGCAGGUAUGUAACACAUACAGUAGCUUAGGAAUUAUAAAUCAUCUGGUGUUGAAAUGUUGGCAUGGGGGGUCCCCGUCACGCAAAGGCCCCAAAAAGGCUUGGACCGGCCCUGGUGACGAGUCACUUUGAACUUUUUGACCCCCCUCAAUCGAUUUUAUUCCAGUUUUGAAAGCAGCAUUUUGUAUCUACUCUGGCUAUUUUAUUCUGAUGAUCUUAAUCAUCAAAGUGUGAAAAAAAAGCAUCCUCUCAUAGCAGAAAAUGACAUGAGUUUUCUUAUUCUUGUUUACUGACAUUUUGUAAUGUAAGACUGUAAAUAUGAUGUGUUUUUUUUUGGUUGAAAUAUUUGUUUGUUUCUAAAUAUACCCAUUUACUCGUG